AUGCAUGCAAAUGCAAUAACUUUCCAAAAUCCUGUUGCAAAGAUUUAUGACACUCUUCCUCCUCCUCUUGAAGAACUUGAUGAAGUCUUGGCUGUUAUGUUUACUGGACCUUGUCAACCUACCAAAAAAGACCUUCAAUGUACACCAUUGCUGGUCCGUCGAAAGCAGAUUUCAAAAGCACUUGAGUGGUUAAAAUUGAACCAUUCUGACUACUUUGACAUUGGAAUAUCACAGGAGAAUUUGAGCCAGUACCCUUUGAGUGAUGCACCAGUUGUAAUUGACUAUCAUCAAUCAAUAAUAAAUAGGGAGCGAGAGGCUACAAGCGUUCAUGAUAAUGAAGAAGAGAUAGGUACCGAAGAGGGUCCUUGUACUUUUGUAGUUCAAGGGCUGACUGGAGAAGAGUAUUCUACCAUGUCUUUGGAGGCAAUAAAGGCUCGAGCACUGAAGCAUUUGACAUCUAACAAAAAAAUCAUGUUUGCAGGCCAUUCACAACAACCCAACUCCAUUUAUAAUAACCCUCAACUAUUUCCUGCUAUGCUACCAUGGCUAUUUCCUUAUGGCCUUGGAGGUAUCGGAAAUGAUAUGAUACCCCAUAACAUAUCUACUAUGGCCCACAAGCGUUUACUGUUAAUGUAUCAUGAUAAGUGA